GAAGUUUGCUAGAUUUCUUAAAAGAUGGAGAAGGAAGAGCUUUGAAGUUACCGAAUUUGGUGGACAUGGCAGCCCAGGUGGCUGCAGGAAUGGCGUACAUCGAGCGAAUGAAUUACAUACACAGAGAUCUGCGGUCUGCAAACAUUCUGGUGGGCAAUGGCCUAAUAUGCAAGAUUGCCGACUUCGGAUUGGCAAGACUGAUUGAAGACAACGAAUAUACGGCCAGACAAGGUGCAAAGUUUCCCAUUAAAUGGACUGCACCGGAAGCAGCAUUGUAUGGAAGGUUCACAAUAAAGUCAGAUGUGUGGUCUUUUGGGAUCCUACUCACAGAGCUGGUAACAAAAGGGAGAGUGCCGUACCCAGGCAUGAAUAACCGUGAAGUCUUGGAGCAAGUAGAACGUGGUUAUCGGAUGCCAUGUCCUCAGGACUGUCCCAUCUCCUUGCACGAGCUUAUGAUCCACUGCUGGAAAAAAGACCCAGAGGAGCGUCCAACUUUCGAAUAUUUGCAGGGUUUCCUUGAAGACUACUUCACUGCAACAGAACCCCAAUACCAGCCCGGCGACAACCUGUAAAUCCCUGGUCUCCAGACACUGUCAUGAAUUACCAGGUGUUUCUCAGCCCUGCCCCACCUGCCCUUCAGCUUCCGACUCCGUGAUCGGCUUUUCCCGAGGGCAGGUCUCCAGAGUGCAGCAUCUUCCAGCACCGCCGCGCACAGGAGGGGCUGAAGCUAGGAACUUCCGCAGCCCUUGCCUAUGACCACUUGUCCUAAUAAUCUGAAUGUCCUGGAUGAAAAGGAGAAAAACACUUGUUUUUUCUUAAUCAAAGACUCCAAAACUGCAUUGUAUUGAUGUUAUGUAAACUGCAAAACCUCUGUUCAUUGUAAAUAGUAACUCAGUGCCAAUAACUGAUCCUAGUGCUUUCCUUUUUUUAAAAUGCAAAACCUAUGUGAUUUUAACUAGUCUUCUCCUGAUUCAACUAAAAGUAUUAUUUUCCAGAAGUGGCCUCUUUGUCUAAAACAU